AUGUCUGCCAACGGAGUCAACGGCACUGGCCGCCACUACAACGAGGGCACUUUCCUCUUCACCUCCGAGUCCGUCGGUGAGGGUCACCCCGACAAGAUCGCCGAUCAGGUUUCCGAUGCCAUCCUCGAUGCCUGCUUGGCUGAGGACCCCCUCUCCAAGGUCGCUUGCGAGACUGCCACCAAGACCGGUAUGAUCAUGGUCUUCGGUGAGAUCACCACCAAGGCCAAGCUCGACUACCAGAAGGUCGUCCGCAAGGCCGUCCAGGACAUCGGAUACGAUGACUCCUCCAAGGGCUUCGACUACAAGACCCUCAACCUCCUCGUCGCCAUUGAGGAGCAGUCUCCCGAUAUCGCCCAGGGUCUCCACUACGAGCAGGCCCUCGAGCAGCUCGGUGCUGGUGACCAGGGUAUCAUGUUCGGCUACGCCACCGACGAGACCCCUGAGCUCUUCCCGCUCACCCUCCUCUUCGCCCACAAGCUCAACGCUGCCAUGUCUGCUGCCCGCCGCGACGGCUCCCUCCCUUGGCUCCGCCCCGACACCAAGACUCAGGUCACCAUUGAGUACAAGCACGACAACGGUGCCGUUAUCCCCCUCCGUGUUGACACCGUCGUCGUCUCUGCCCAGCACUCUGAGCAGAUCACCACCGAGCAGCUCCGCAAGGAGAUCAAGGAGAAGAUCAUCCAGAAGGUCAUCCCCGAGAAGUACCUUGAUGACAAGACCAUCUACCACAUCCAGCCCUCUGGACUCUUCAUCAUCGGUGGUCCCCAGGGUGACGCCGGUCUGACCGGCCGCAAGAUCAUUGUCGACACCUACGGUGGCUGGGGUGCCCACGGUGGUGGUGCUUUCUCCGGCAAGGACUUCUCCAAGGUCGACCGUUCUGCUGCCUACGUCGGCCGCUGGAUCGCCAAGUCCCUCGUCGCUGCUGGCCUCGCCCGCCGUGCCCUCGUCCAGCUCUCCUACGCCAUUGGUGUUGCUGAGCCCCUCUCCAUCUACGUCGACACCUACGGCACCUCCGAGAAGACCUCCGACGAGCUCGUCCAGAUCAUCCGCAACAACUUUGACCUUCGCCCCGGUGUCAUUGUCCGCGAGCUCUCUCUGGACCGCCCCAUCUACCUCCAGACCGCCAAGAACGGCCACUUCGGUACCAACCAGACCUUCACCUGGGAGCAGCCUAAGGCCCUCAAGUUCUAA